UGCUGCAGUGGAGAGGACGGAUGGAUCACAGAGGGGAGUGUAACAGAGCGCUGGUGGUGUCUGUCGCAGAGUUUGACCCCGGGGUGCAGCUGGGGAGGAGGCCGGGCGCCGGGAAGGACGCCAAGAGACUCCACCGCACCCUCAGCAAACUGGGCUUCAAGGUGGACAUCCACACUGACCUGAGGAGCGAGGAGAUCUACCAGCUGUUUCAGAGAGAGAGCAGGCGUCCUGUGAAGGAUUGUUUUCUGGCCGUGCUGUCGUCUCACGGGGAGGAGGGCUGCGUGUUCGGCGCUGACGGGGAACCUGUCCGACUGUCUCGUCUCUUCGCGUUCUUCGACAACAGGUGUAUGGAGGAAAAGGCCAAACUGUUCCUCGUACAGGCCUGUCGGGGACACGGUCUGGACGAUGGCGUGGAGGUGGAUUCUGUCGAGGACGCCCCAGAGAGCAGCUUCUUCUCACAGCAUCCCGCCGUCCCUGUAGAUACAGCUGUGAUGUACGCCACAGCGCCAGGUUACGGAGCUUUCAUGCACCCACUGGGAUCAGUCUUCCUCCAGACCUUCUGCUCUUUAUUAGAGAAAGAAGGAAACCGCAACCUGGAGCUGACUCGCCUCAUGACCCGCCUGUCCCACAGCGUGGCCUACACCUUCCAGGCCAAAGGUCAAGCUCUGGGUGGGAAGAAGGAAAUGCCGUGCCUGCUGACACGCCUGACCAGGGAGGUGUUCCCGUUCGCAGAGCCGGGGAAAGACGGCGGGUCCGCGGGGCUUUCAGCCACGUCACUGGUUGGCUCCAAAAACACCAGAACACGAACUCCUUCCAUCAGUUAGAGCGCAGAACCAGACUGUAGGUGACCUCAUCCGAGAGUAUGACACAAGAAUUAUCACCAGGAAUGGAAAUGAUCACAAAAACCUUCCUGGUUUUUUCCACACGCUGACUUCCUGCAGAAAAUCCAAAGAAGAAAUCCAAGAAAUGUUUUCUUAUAUUGUACAUACCUGUAGUAUAGAUUUUCAUAUAUGUAAA